CUUACUAUGAAAUUUUAUCCUUUCAAAAAAAGAAGAAAUUUAUACAAACAGGUUUGCUAGAUUUAACCGUAUACUACUGGCAUUUGGUGUAGGAAGAAAAAAGUUGCAGAAAGUCCUCUCACCUCAUAACCAUACCGAUACGACGACUGGAAUUAGCUACUCUGAAUUUUUUUUUGAACGAGCAUCUAUAGCUGCUGAAUUAUUUCCUUUUAUUAUAUAACCAAUGUUUAGAUUACCAGCCAAAGGUUUUAGAACCGCAAUUCAAACAAGCUUACAGAAGCCUGCUUUAUGCGAAUCUUUCAUAAAGGGUCCCGUUAGGAAUAGAUCUUUUGUUUUCCAAACGUGUGGUAAAGGAUUGUUCAGUACUUCCAGUAAAGAUGAAAAGCAAUCGUAUUUUGAAAUGUUUGAUUUUGAUGCUUCAACGUUACAGAAGAAUCCCUUUGAAUUAGAUACUAGAGCGUUACGAGCUAGUUACUUGAAGAAAAUAAAAAUUCACCAUCCAGAUGUUGCCAAAGAGGUGGAUCCUAACACUUCUCAAUCGAAGUCUGCUGAACUUACAAGGGCUUAUAAUACUCUAUUAGCGCCAUUGAGCAGGGCCGAAUAUAUUUUGCAACAAAAAGGGAUCUCUACAGAUUCGGAGAAUGUCUCUGAUAAGGACCCAGAAUUCUUAAUGCAAAUAAUGGAUGUUCACGAGGAAAUUUCAUCCAGCAGGGAUUCACCUGAAAGGAUUGAACAGUUAAUGAGAGAGAACAACAUUCGUAAAGACGAAGAAAUCUAUAAAAUUAGUACUGCAAUGUCAAAGGCUGAUUGGGAAUUAGCUGCAUUGCAUGUCAGUCGACUAAGAUACUGGAACACUGUUGACAGAAUUCUUCAUGAGCUCUGACUUUAUUAAGAGAGAAUUUCUUUGUUUGCAUAUGUUUACGUUUCUAUUUAAUCUAUGACUAGUUACCCCAUCUUCACAUAAACAGCUGUAAUGCUUUACGCCUUAAAUCGCUCUGAAAAGGCAAAAGGCAAAUUUACGCAAAAAUCUGUUGUCCUAUUUUCAAAAUGACAAGCUAAAAAGCUUUUUGAGUGUAAUCAAUAAAAUAAAAUAAAAUAUGAAAACAACAUUUGAUACUCUGU